AUGCAGAGCAAUUCCAACACGCCUAAUUCAGGCCACCACUCGCAUCCUCCACACCAACACCGCUACACCACCAGAGGCCACCAAAGUACCAACAGCAUGUACAGUGGCGCUCAGUAUGCUCAGUCGCCGUAUGCGUACCAGUACGGAGCUCCUUAUAUGUCUCCACAGACUCCAGGAAUGCCGCAAUACGUGAACCCCCAGAUGUACUACCAGGGCUACAACCCCAUGGUUCCACAGCAGGCCAUUUACCACGGAAAUCCACAGGGUUCUCCAGCAUAUGCCUACAAGCCCGCUGUUCCAGUCUCGAUCAAGAAUGCUUCCGGAGAGCCAGUGACGUUCACACCCAGACACGGUAAGUCGGCGUCCAUUUCGGCGCCGAAGCCCGUCUCUGGAUCUGCGUCCUCCACUCCAUUAGGUGCCAAUGCCUCGUUGGUUUCACCUUCGGUUUCAAAUUCAAGCAUUUCACGUGUUGCCUCGCCUGUUAAGACUCCUGUGGUUCCUGCUGUCGCUGACUCCAAGUCCGAAGACUCGGCCAAAGUGAAGGAGGCCAACAGGGCUGCAUUUUUGGCACAGGUCAAGUUGCGGGCUGCGUUAGCGGCUAAGAAGCUUGAGGCUGAAAAGAACGGGACUGAGGUUAAGCCUGAGACUGAGGUUAAGCCUGAGACUAAGGUUGAAGCUACACCAGAGGUUAAGGCUGAAGUUAAGCCGGCUGUUAAGGCUGAGACGAAAGAGGUUCAAGCUGAGACGAAAGAGGUUAAGACUGAAGCCCCAGUUGUUGCAUCUAAGCCAGACACUAAGACUGAGGUCAAGGCUGAGCCAGUGACUCCAGUUCCAGCUGUUCCAGCAGUGAAGGCUGAGGUCCCAGCUGAGGUUAAGGCUGAGACACCAGUUGAGACUAAGGCCGAUAUUCCAGUUGAGACCAAGGCUGAUAUUCCAGUCGCUAUUCCCGUUGCUGCCCCAGUUGCUGCCCCAGUUGCUGAAACUCCAGCUACUGAAUCCCCAGCCGAAGCUAACCCUGAAACUCUCAGCGAGACAGAAACCGUUCCAGAGACACCAGUCGAAACAGACACUGCUACUGAAACUCCAGCUGAAGAUCCAACUGAAUCUGCAGUCCCUGAGGCUGCUCCUGUCGAGACUGCUCCUGCUAUUCCCGCCCCAGUGAUACCAAGACCUUCUAUCACCAUCAGUGCAUUCCUCGAAAAAGUGAAAGAAACCAGACCCCUCAAAGAUGCCUUCUCUUUCAAGUAUUCGGCCCCAAAUCAUGGUCCAGAUCCAAAGGUGAACAGACUCCCCAAGUACAGGUACGAUCCUGGUUUCCUGAUGCAAUUCCAGCCCCGUCUAGAGCUAUCGCUGGACCAAGAAUGGGACAACAUGCAUGGUCAGGUGAUUGUGAUUGGUGAUGGUAAGCCAAAGGAGAACAAAGGUGGUGACCGUGGCUUCUCAAGAGGCGGUGGAGGAGGCAGCUUUGGUAAGGGCUUCAUUGGCGGUGCUGCACCAAUGAAGGGCUCUGCCACGAACCUGAGAAAUGACUUCCAUAACCAGAGAAAUGGCUCGAGAAGCGGGUCCAAGCGCAAGAGCGGACGUGAAAAGAGCGGAAAGCCCGGUUCCAAGAGACUGGGCCGUGAAGAUGAGGAUGAUGAGAGUCCAGCGCCAGAGGUUGAUGCUCCAAAGCUGGAAAAGUCAGCCACCAGAUGGGUUCCAAGAUCGCAGAGUUCGCAGAAUAAGGAGGUCGAGGUUAAGACGGCUCCAGACGGAACAGUGCUGCUGUCAACCUCGGAGGUGGAGAGAAAGGUGAAGUCGCUGCUGAACAAGUUGACUCUGGAGAUGUUUGACGAAAUUUCUGACGAUAUCAUUGCCGUCUCGAACCAGUCGAGAUAUGAAGACCAGGCUGAAACUCUGAAACAGGUGAUUGAGCUAACCUUUGCAAAGGCUUGUGACGAGCCCCAUUGGUCGUCUAUGUAUGCUGCCUUCUGUCUCAGACUCAUGAAGAAGGUGCCCGAUGAAGUCAAGGAUAUCACCACCAAGAACGCAAAGACCGACGAGCCAAUCUGCGGUGGUGCUCUCGUGAGAAGACAUUUGGUGUUGAGAUGCCAGGCCGAAUAUGAAAAGGGCUGGAGUGACAGUCUGCCCACGAACGAGGAUGGUUCGCCUAUUGAGCCAGAGAUGAUGUCCGAUGAGUAUUACAAGAUGGCUGCGGCCAAGAGAAGAGGCCUUGGGUUGCUCAGAUUCAUUGGUGAACUGUACACUUUGAGUCUGAUCUCGGACAAGAUCAUCAUCAGGUGUUUGUGGCGUCUUUCGGAGAACUACACCAACCCCAACGAGGAUGUGCUAGAGAGUUUCGCCCAGUUGAUGAGAACUGUUGGUCAGCUCUUGGACAGUUCGCAGGAUGAGGCCCCAAGAGGUGCAGUCAAUGCUCUGUUUGACAGAAUCCACACCAUGGUCAAGGAGAGCAAGAUUUCGUCAAGAAUUCGCUUCAAGCUCAUGGAUCUCAUUGAUCUGAGGAAGAACGGAUGGAAGGAUGCCAAACCAGACCAGGGCCCCAAGACCAUCACCGAGAUCCACGAAGAGCAGGAGCGCAAGCGUAUUGACGAGGAGAGAGAGAACGCUGCUCGUAGAGCUGGUCGCCGCCAGGGUGACCGUUCAGGCUCGAAUCGUGGUGACAAAUCCGACAAGUCGAACUGGGGAUCCAGUAACAAGCUUUCCGAGAACGAUAUCAGGAGGGUUGGCCUCGUGAGAAACUCUGAUCGCACCGGACCAAUGAACAGCUUUUCGAGAUCGCGUUCUGUCAAGCAGGGCGGACUAGAGGGCUCUGCUUCGAGCCACUCGGUGCAUUCAGCCUCCGCGACGCCGCGUUCAGGAAUGUCUUCUCCAUCAUUGUCCGGAAGAGACAUGUCCAAGAGAUCCGACUCGAUCCAGGCUGCUACCAACAUGUUUGCUGCUCUGGGAGAUCAUGAUGAUGAGGUUGAAGUUGAAGAGACUGCUGAGGCUGCUCCAGCUCCGGUUGAAGCUGAGCCUCAAGCCGAGGCAUAA